CGAGAACCGUGGCAUGCAGUGUCAGUACACUGUCAUGUGGGCCCUUGAAAGGAGGCAAGUGGGGGUAUUCUGUGCUAUAAAAUGGAGAAGCUGCACAGGCGAUGGAUAUCAAGGAAUCAACAGAGAACCUCUUUACUGUUCAUCUUCCUCUGUUCUCUAGUCUGUUCAUCUUCCUCCAUUCUCUAGUCUGUUCAUCUUCCCCAGCUUUAUCUCUCUUGUACCCAGAUUCUCUUCCAUUCUAGUACCUUGCUGUUAUUAGUUGAGUUCAAGAGGCUAGUGCUGUUAACAAGUGGUAUCAGAGGCGUUCGAUCCUCGACUUCAAUUUGCCAACGCCAUGACUCUCAACGUCAAGCUCAUCCUCGACGAGUUUAAUAGGAGGUUCGACGAGUGGGAGACUCGCUGGGACCGACGCUUCUCGUCUGCCGCGUACAUCGACCAACCGCCCACCCCGCCCAGCGUCAACCACCCCUCCUCCGACGCAUCUGCCCGCGCGCCGUCCACCCGGGCUGCGGCCGUUGGGGCCGUCGUCAUCGCCGACAACUGGGGCGGAUGCUUCGAUGACGGCGAGCGGUACUGCACAGCGCCAUCCGUCAUCGCCGACGACUGGGGAGGAUUAUUUGAUGGCGAGGUCGCGAAUGUCAACACCGAGUUCGCCGACCACUGGUACGGUCCAUCCUCCACCGACCCCGACGCACCACACGAUGCGGACGCCGACAGCUUCUUCAUCAACACCGGCGAAGGGCCCGUAGAGCCAGUUUUUGGCGAUACGGCCGUAGGCGCGCUUGGUGACGUGGGCGCUGUCCCAGAUCUAGUGGAGGAGGAGGAGGUACCUGUCGACACGCCCGCCAAGUGUUUGAUGAGAGUCCUCAACCGCAGCGACUACUACGUUUCCAACCGUGGCGACUACUACGGUCCAUACACUUCCUCCACCGUCGACGCGGCGGCGGUGCUGCUCGCCGACGCGGCCGAGGCUCGACUCGACUGGCGCUUCGCCAAGCUGCCGCAGCCGCAAGCUGAGGAGGUGGACGAGCCGUUCCGCGACGUGGCGAACCCUCCGUCGCAUCCUUCCAUCGUCUACGAGUCGUACCGCGACGCGGCCGAGGCUCGACUCGACUGGCGCUUCGCCAAGCUGCUGCAGCCGCAAGCUGAGGAGGUGGACGAGCCGUUCCGCGACGUGGCGAACCCUCCGUCGCAUCCUUCCAUCGUCUACGAAUCGUACCGCGACGAGGCCAUGGCGGGAGCCGGUGCUAGAGCGCUUGCUGGCCGUUGCAACGAGCGGCCCGCAAGGGGACGCAAUUCCUCCUCCGACGACAGAUCCGAGCAAUCCUACCUCACGCCCACCUGUGAGGCCACCAACAGGGCCCCUGCACCCGACAAUAGGUUGAUGGCGUCCGUCGACCACCGCCGACGCCAAACUCUGGACGAAGAAGGAGGUGUCGAGCAGGAAUCGGGCGGUGCCAUUGCCGACAAGGUGGAGGCUGUGGCGACGCACGAACUUCCUAGAGAUGAGACCGGAGCAGAGGUCGCAACCCAGCAGCCAUGGCGCCUAUGUCGAUCCACUUCGUCCCUGGUGAUGAUGGGUUCAGAUGGAGCAUGCAUGGGGUUUGCAGCUACUCACCGUGGCGAGCUUGUCGCUGGCGGACACGCUGGAGGAGCACUCUGCUCCGGAGUUGUCGCAGUUUCCGUUGGACACGUGCGAGUUCACGUUCAACCGUGCGUCCGUUCCGCGGAUGGAGCUGCUCACCCUGGGCAUCCUCGAGGGGUGGGUGGUCGCCGACAUCCCUUUCCCCUACAUCUGCUACUUCGUGGCGCAGUUCUGGCAGGACGAGCGCCAGGCGAUCUGCGAGCGCGCCGUGCAGCACCAACUACCUCAAGCAUUGAGGAGGAUGUACCCUUCGACACGCUCACCAAGUGUUCGAUGAGGGUCCUCAACCGCGGCACCAACUACGGCCACAACACGGCCGCUUCACUGAAGACCAGUGGAAAGAGGGCCGAAUUCAUCGUCUCCAUCGUCAAGGGCCGCGGCGGCUCGCUGUUCCGCGAGAAGAUGAUCGUGGGCGUUGGCGCUCACUUCAUCGUCAUCGUCGACGCGUCCAAGCUCGUGUCGCGCCUCGGCUGCAUGGGCGCCAACCCCAUCGAGGUCAUCCCCUUCGACGCGCUCCACGCGCUGGGACUCAUCUGCGGCCUCUUCGACGGCUUGCCUGGAUCCCACACCAGGCGGAGGUCUGUUCCCGCCGCCGCCGCCAACGGGAAAGAAGACUCGAAACAGUACAUCAUCACCGACAACGACAACUACAUCGUCGAGGACGGCAUCCGCGGCGACCUGCGCGGCAUCAGUGAUCGUCUGCUUCAGAUCACCGGCGUCAUAGAACACGACAUGUUCCUGGGCUACUUUUCCCACGCUGAAGAAGGUGGAGAUGCGAGGACGAAGGUGCAGCUGACAGAGGCCGCGGAGCGUUGCUUCGACGAGCUGGUCGGAAGAGGCCUGCUCCGUCUCACGGUCGGAAGCAAUGGAGCCGCGGGAGCCAGGAUGCCCAUCAUGAUCUGCUCCUUCGCGAAGGACGUGUAUGACCAUGAGAACUUCUGCACUGAGUCAGCAGCGAAUAAUCUUUCCGAAGUGCGACGGUUGUCCAUCGUUGAGAACGAGGCUGACGAUCGCAUUGGUGAGGGGAUGACAAUGGCAGCAUGGACGACGAGCAUGGAAACAGUGGUUAAGCUAGAACAGGCCGGCGAGCGCCUGUGGGUCAAGAUGGGCGGCCACAAGGUGCUCAACGUCGACAAGUACGACAACAUCUUCGCCAAGCCAGGCGGCUCAUUCCGCGGCCCCGAUGUGCACGUCGAGACGGCCAGGAGAAAUACUGUCACCUAUAGCAUUUUGGAGCAGAGAGACGCACAGAAGGUUCAGCUCUUCAAAUCCAUUAAUAGUGGUGCUGUUUUUGGCUUUCCCGAGAAUCUUGAGGAAGCUGCAAGAGCUAGUCUCAUGAGUGGAAUUAAGCAACCAUGGCCUCCACCUAUGGAGUUGAGCGAUUGGAUUUGUGCAGGGCCUCCGGCAACUUGACGAUAAGGGUCAGCGGCUUGGGGGCAAGCCGCAUUUUAAGCGUUGGGGAAUGUCAGUACACUGUCAUGUGGGCCCUUGAAAGGAGGCAAGUGGGGGUAUUCUGUGCUAUAAAAUGGAGAAGCUGCACAGGCGAUGGAUAUCAAGGAAUCAACAGAGAACCUCUUUACUGUUCAUCUUCCUCUGUUCUCUAGUCUGUUCAUCUUCCUCCAUUCUCUAGUCUGUUCAUCUUCCCCAGCUUUAUCUCUCUUGUACCCAGAUUCUCUUCCAUUCUAGUACCUUGCUGUUAUUAGUUGAGUUCAAGAGGCUA